UGGAUCUACAAGAAUGACCUGUCUACAGGACCAGAAAGAGUUUCUCCCAAAUGAGGUAUUUCCUGAUAACUUCAUGAGACGUGAAGUACAAGCCUUUGUUGUCAAUUGUACUUUUGAGGAUGAAGGAUGCAAUUGGAAAGGAGAAGUCAGACACCUAGAGAACCACUUGAGUAACUGUGAGUUCCUUAAAAUUCCCUGUGUACAUCCUGAGUGUGGAGCACAAGUGAAAAAAUCAGAUCUUACCCAACACUUGGAAAAGGAAUGUAAGUGCAGACUGGAAACCUGUGGAUUCUGCAAGAAGCAAAUCAAACUUAAUAAGAUGAAGCAUCACCAUGAGACAGAUUGCCCAGCAUAUCCAGUUGUUUGUCAAAAAUGCAACAAAGAUGGAAUUCCCAGAGCAAAGCUUUUACAACAUCAAGAUCCAAUAAUGGGAGACUGUGAUAGUGUACAGGGACCGUGCCCAUUUUCACAGAUUGGCUGCUCUGCGACUGAGGCCCUCACCCAAAAGCAGAGGAAAGAGCACCUGGAGAAACAUAAUACAUUCCACACUACUCUGCUUUUACAUUAUGCUAUACGAAUGAGCAAAGAGAUGGAAGCACUUUUAGUGGGUGACCCCAGAAUUGUGUCUAGAAACCCACACAUCCUCUCAAAUUACGACAGUGUAAUUGCAGAUCUUCUCGCUCAAGUUCAAACUCAGGCGGGUGAAACGAGGAAUUUACGCGAAAAAUGCCGAGAGCACAGUGAGAGAAUUACCGCCUUGGAGAGGAAAGUGGCUUCAGGAAAUCUGUCGGGUUCCGCUACAACUGCCCAAAUACCUGGCGAGUCGAACGGUGGUACACAAAACCCAGAAGUUACACGAAGGAUUACCAACAUUGAAAACCGAACCGCUGACCACGAAGUUCUUCUGGUAGAGAACAAUCGCACAAUGGAGGAAGUUAGACGUGACGUGGGUAAUAUGAAAAGGCAACUUGACACCACCCAGGAGAGUACCAGAAGGCACGACAGAAGGAUUGAAUCUAUAGAGCACACACUGGCACUCAGGAACGUAACCCUGGCUGAUUUGGAGGAGUAUGUAAAACAGCAAGAGUUCUCAAGCUACGAUGGCCAGCUGUUGUGGAAGAUUCCUGAUUAUGCUCGCAAACGAAAUGACGCAGUGACAGGCCAGCAAGUCUCUUUCUAUAGCCCUUGUUUCUACACCAGUCGCUAUGGCUACAAAAUGUGCGCCCGCAUUUACCUGAACGGGGACGGAAUGGGAAAAGGAACGCACAUCUCGAUCUUCUUUGUGGUCAUGCGCGGUCAGUAUGACGCGCUGCUCCGUUGGCCAUUCAGACAGAAAGUCACCUUCAUGUUGCUGGACCAGGAUAACGUGGAACACGUGAUUGACGCCUUCAGACCCGAUCCGAACAGCUCAUCUUUCCAGAGGCCAAGAAGAGAAACAAACAUCGCCAGUGGGUGUCCAAUGUUCUGCUCGCUUGCUGAGCUGAAUAAUCACGCAUAUGUCAGGGAUGACGCCAUGUUCCUGAAAAUAAUUGUGGAUAUUUCUGAUCUGUGAAGGGGAACUUUGAGUUGCGGUUUGUCAUUUGUUUUGAAAUUACCUUCUUCUUUAAUUUAACAUUACCAUUGCUCUGACAUGGCUUGUACAUGCUGCAUAAGUGAUACAUGGCAGUUGUUAUCGUUUGUUUUGUACCUGAAAUGACGAGAAUUUUCUUCGUUUGGCAGGACAGUUUUAAUUUUGAUUUGAUGUUCUGAUCUCAAUGUGAUGUAAAGGGAAGUCUGUUUCUCUUUAUUACAAUUAUGGCAGUUGAAGCUAUCAGCUUGCUCUCCGUCAAGUCGUCUUAAUGUUAUACCUUUACCCUCACCCACGAUCGAUUACGGUGUAAGUUCGAUGUUCGGCAUGAAGCGUUAUGCAGAGCUAUAGUAAAUAGUAUUGUUUUGUCUCCAACUAAAUUAUAUGUCAUAUGAUUUUUUCUGGAUUUGAUAAUUUAUGAUGAUAUUGCUAUGCGAUCGAUGUAGGUGCAAUGUUUUUCUAAAACGGGUAAUUCGGUAGCUGUUUGCUUUAGCGAAUGAGAUAUAGUGGUAAGAA